AACUGUCAAAGUGGCGCUGUUAUAGUUGGUGCCCAAAACAUUGCAUUUCUCUUCGUUAAAAAUAAGAAAAAUAUUUAUUCUAUCAAAAUGACUCGAUGUAUUGUAUUGAAAUGCUCGGAAAUAGGAGUCCAUCGUAUCCCAAAAGAUAAUAAAAUUCGUCGGCUUUGGUUAAAAGCCAUUCGCCGUGAAGAUUUGAUUCCAACAAAUAAUUCGAGGUUAUGUCGGAAACAUUUUGUGGAAAGUGAUUACGAAAAAAUCAGCAAAUACACAGGAGUUGAACACCAGCACAAAUAUCUCAAGAAAAGUGCUGUACCAUCUGUCUUUGCAUGGAACACACAACCAGUUUCGGAGAAGGCAAAGGCAAGACAAGAUAGAUUAAAAGCCCGUAACCUUAAAAAGAAACUGCUUUUUGAAAUGCCUUCUACUUCUCAAUCCUGUGAGGACAUAGUGCCACUUAAAAGAAGAUGAC